AUGGUAGCAGAACAUUUAAUUUCCGUGAAAGAGGUGACCAAACACUGCGAGGCAGAUGAUUGCUGGAUAGUGGUUGGAAAUAAAGUGUGGGAUUUCACGCACUUUGCAAGCGUUCACCCAGGCGGUGCCAGCGUCAUCCUACGAUGCGCGGGUCAUGAGGCAACACAUUCGUUCCACCAAGUGCACAGUGAUGGCCUGAUUGAAAGCACUCUGCCCUCAUCUAAACACAUGGGAAAUCUUGAUCUUAAUAGUAUCGACGAUGCAUGGCGACAGCGUUCCAGUGACUUGUCAUUGAAACAUACACCAAAAGCUUUGGAGUUCUCUAAGCCUCCUCUGUCUAGCAUACUCAGCAGUCAUGAUUUUGAGAGAGUCGCACAAGAGACCCUCUCAAAGAAGGCAUGGGCAUUCUAUUCAUCUGCGGCUAAUGACCUCAUCUCAAAACAAGCGAAUCAGUCAUUCUACAGUAGGAUAUGGUUCCGACCUCGAUUGAUGCGAGAUGUAACAAACGUGGAUACCCGAUGCCAAUUUCAAGGGAUCGGAACUUCUUCACCUAUCAUGAUCGCACCUGCUGCUAUGGCUAAGCUUGCUCAUGAGACAGGAGAAAAAGGAAUUGCGAGGGCUGCCGCAGCCAGAAAUAUAAUCCACUGCAUCGCGACCACUGCAUCGUACCCAUUGGAAGAUAUUGUUUCGGCAGCCCCAAAGGCAAAUUUCUUCUUUCAGUUAUACGUUCACAAAGAUCGGUCGGUGACCGAAUUACUUCUUAAAAGGGUUUGGGCCGCGGGUAUUCGCGCGAUUAUGGUGACAAUAGAUGCACCCGUCCCCGGAAAGCGGGAGGCAGAUGAGCGUGUGCGCACCGAGCAAGUCAUCUCAAUGCCCAUGACUGGGACAAUAGCCAGAAAUGAUAAGUCGGGAAGUGGACUUACCAGGACAACCGGAGGUUUUAUUGAUAGCUCGCUGAGCUGGGGCGAUUUACCAUGGCUGAAGAAAGUCUGGAAAGGCAAGGUGAUGCUGAAGGGGAUUCAAUGUGUCGAGGAUGCCCAAAUUGCCGCUCAGUUGGGAGUUCAAGGGAUUAUACUAAGCAACCACGGAGGUAGAAACCUGGACAGCUCGCCGCCGGCACUUUUGACCCUGCUGGAGCUGCAUUAUCACGAUCCGGCCAUUUUCCAACAGACUGAAGUAUAUCUCGACGGGGGAAUAGCCCGUGGAACCGAUAUUCUCAAGGCUCUUUGUCUAGGGGCCAAAGGUGUACUUAUUGGGCGUCCGUUUCUAUAUGCGCUCAACUACGGCGAAGAGGGCGUGGUCCAUUUGACUAACAUUUUACAAAGCGAACUGGAAACAGCUAUGAAACUUGUUGGAAUCAAUAAUGUUUCACAGGCACAUCCGGGAUUGGUGAAUACAAAGGCCAUUGAUCAUCUGGUCACAGCUACGAAUUUCAAUGCUCAGCGAGAACACAAGCUAUAA